CGUCGCGCUGUCAACACAACUGGUACAUUCAACGGAAGGAAUUAUAACGGAAAUCUUUGAUAACAACAACACCUGCUACAGUGGUGUGUGUGUGUGUGUGUGUAGGUGUCUAUAGUGCAUUUCUGUGUGCUUUAGUGUUAGUGCGUCAGAAACUUUGUAGAAGCGCGCGAGAACACAUAUUUGCAUGCAUGUAAAUAUGUAUAUGUAUUUGUGUGCGUAAGCAUAUAUGUAUGUAUUUAGACAUAUUUACAUACAAAUUGUUAUGGUAACGAAACUUCUGUCUUUUUUGGUGACUGCGUGCAUUUGUUUUAAUUUUUUUUAAAUUAAAUCCAAACAGUUUUAGAACAGAAAAACAAAAAGUAUCGUUGGUGAAAAUGAAAUAUUUGUAUACAUAUUUAUAAAUGAAAUAUACUUAAUCGUGCAUGUAUUAGUGCUGUAACUAAAACCGCAAUUUUAUAUAUAUAAAAAAAAAAACAACAAAAGCACCAAAAAAAGUUUCAUACGUAAAAUGUUUGUUUAUCUUGAGUGACAGUCAAUUUGCAAGAGUAGGUCGACAGCCGCCUCUCCAGUGAGUUAAAGGGCUGCUAAUUGCUUCUGACAUAUUUCGCAUUUUCUGUGACAUUUUCCACUGACAGCAAAUGUUAGUGAAAUUUCAACAACAACAACCAAACUCACACAUACGCGCAUUUAAUGUGUUGCCGAAAUCGCUGCUGGUGAGCCACAAGCUUUUGCCAUCGAAGUUUUACCGUUAAUUGAGCGCCAAGCACGUUCUUAAGUAACGACUUUCAAUGCUGUUGUGUUUGUAUAGAAUAACUAUUGAGCGGAAACGGAGGUCUAACGGUGUUUUUGAGACUUCCGAAAACAUGUGUACAAAAAAAGUAAACAACAAAACAGGCCAAAAGCAAGCCACUAAUUGUAUGUACUUGUGUGUGUGUGUGUGAAAUUACUUCAUACUUGCGCUUGUGUAUUUGUGAAUUAAUACGCGCAAAGUUAAUUGGCGGCAAAUGUUGAUGAUGUUGACAGCAACGCACUCAUAACUCGGUCAGUCGGUCGUGGCUGCGAAGUCACAUGUUACGCAUAAUUAAUGACAAAAACAAAUAUGGAAAACAAGCUUGCACACACAUAUAUCCAUUUAUAUAUAUACAAACAGAGAAACUAAAAGUGUGUGUGCUCCGACAUAUAUAUAAUAUUAUUAUUGUCUGCCGGCAGCCGCAGGGCGUUCGAGCGACGUCCCGUGACUGGUAGAAAAGGAAAGCAGCAAUGCCUUUGAGUCUGCGCUUCCUGCUGCGCGUGCUACUGUAUUAUUAAUUAUUAUUAUGCUAUGAGCUGUGACAAACACACAAACGAUAUAGAUAUGCCUACUUUAGCUUUUGUUGUUAUUCAAUUUGUAUUUGUUUUACAGUUUUAAUUGCGCAUAAUUAAUGCUUGAGUGAAUGUUUUAACCAGAUUCGCAUAAAACAUAUCUGCACCAAUGCAUAUGAGUACAAUAAUUCGAGAAAAAUGGAACAAGUGAAAAUUCGUCAAUUAAUAUGUCAUCGGAGAAAUGCGAAAUUUUUUGUUAUAAAUUGUUGAUAUGGAAAUGUGGAGCAAUUAAGUCAUAUCAGCACAUGUUUUAAAACAUCAAUUACAACAUGUUAAAAAAGUGUAGUGGUAUACUCGUAGAAGGUUGCUUAAACGAUUUAUACAAAAUUAUCGUGGCCUCCUAAUAAUAAUUGAGCAAAUGUAUUAAAUUUCGAAAUUCAACACAUAAACCCCAAGUGAAUAAAGCCUUCGAACAUGUGAUUACUUAAAUCAGAUAUUCGAUUAAAGGUAAUAAUCUGCGAGUAAUGUGUGGCACGUGAUUUGAAGGCGAAUGCAAGCAAAGUGCGAAAUAAAGGCAACACUUCACAUAAGAAAGUAUUUACUCCGGAGUGAUAUUAUUACAUUAAACAUACACCAUACAAUAACAAAAUAACGGAAUACCGGCGUCAAGUCAAUUUCAGUGCGAAAAUGUGCAAUUAAAUGUGUGACUAAAAAUAAACAAAUGUGAAAGAUAUUGGAGAAGAGCGCAUGCUAAUAGACGCAUAGCCGUAAUAUAUUACUUCAAUGGAGACGGAGUGAAAAAACAACUAUAUUAGAGCUUAGAAAAUAUAUACUUACUACUACAUUAGCGUAAAUGUACAAUAUAAGUAUACAUACAUUAAUUUGACUGUGUGCAAUAACAUCAAAUAAAUAAUUUCGUAAAUAUCCUUUACGCAUUUAACUAAUAAAUCGUAUCUUCCGUGGAGCCACCAAAAGCUGUUCAUUUGCUAUUGAAAAAUACAUCGCUUCUCUGUCGCCUCACCUAUUUAUGUAUGUCUUCCGAUGCGAUGGAUGAUACGCGAGCGAUUGGUAAAAUGAGUAAAAGGCGAAAACCUUCAUUUGAUUAUGCAGCGACCGAACGUUGGUGUAACACGCCUCGCCAGCUGCCAGUCACCAGCGCAAGAACGACUGAUGUUAUCGUAAUGCUCAUGAUGGCCUUUCUGGUCGCCAUCGCUACAACCAGCACAGACGCUUCCAACUACUUUGACACACAAGGGCCUAAUUUCUCGCAUGAGCCACCAUCGCGCAUUGAAUUCACCAACAAUGCCGGUAGCAUUGCCGAUUGCAUAGCGCACGGCAACCCGCCGCCGAACGUCGAAUGGCUUGAUAAGGACAAUAAUCCCAUCACCUCGAUAUCAAAGGUCCGUCAUAUACUCGCCAACGGUUCACUUUAUUUUCCACCCUUCGAGGCGGAGGAGUUCCGCCAAGAUGUCCAUUGGUCCGUGUAUCAUUGUGUAGCCAGCAAUGCUGUGGGUACAAUUGUUUCUCGUGAUGUUGUGGUCAAAGCAGUUGUGAAUCAACGCUAUGAACCGGAAGUGCAAAAUCCAGGAGGUUUUAUUGGUAGCAAUGUGUUAAUUAAAUGUAACAUACCAUCGUUUGUUAAGGAGUAUGUAACGGUAACAUCAUGGCUGCAGGAACCGAAUUUCAAUAUAUAUCCGUCGCUAGAAGGAGAUGGCAAAAAUCAUAUGCUGCCGACCGGCGAACUUCUGGUGUACAAUAUCACACGAACCGAUGCGCACAAAGUUUAUCGCUGCCGCACCCAUCACAAGUUGACGCAGGACUCCGUUGUGAGCAGCAAUAUGGGCAAAAUUCAAUUGACUGAAAUGCGUGAACUCGUGCCGCCCAUUAUGAAUGAGAAGGCCACAAGCGUGGUGGCGCGCCUGGGCGAUCCCGUUGUGGUGCCAUGCGUGGCAUACGCCAACCCGAAGCCGGUCUAUCGCUGGCACACUAAACGACCAAACAACGAGGAGUCCAUACAGCAUUUGUUGGCGACAGGUCGUGCAAAAAUCAAGGAAGGCACGCUAAUUAUAACCGCAGUCGAUCGGUCCGACAGUGGAGCCUUCUUCUGCACUGCCACCAACUCCGAAGGCAGCGAAACUUUGGAAGUACAAAUUGCCGUUACAUCACCGCUCACAGCCAGCAUACAACCCACCGUACAAACAGUGAAUCUGGGCAAAACCGCAAACUUGAUUUGCAGCAUUUCGGGCUUCCCAAAACAGAGUGUUCUUUGGCUGAAGGAUGGUCAGCCACUACGUUCUGGCGCACGUGUCCGCCUACUCUCCACAGAGCACGUACGUAUUACUUCCAUUACGAAGGAGGACAAGGGGAUGUAUCAAUGUAUUGUGAAAAAUGAUUUGGAAUCGGCCCAAGCCACCGCGGAAUUGCGACUGGGAGAGGUGGCACCACAACUAAUCUACAAAUUCAUAGAACAGACUAUACAACCAGGACCAUCAGUCUCGCUGAAGUGCAGCGCCAGUGGCAAUCCAACACCAAAAAUUGUCUGGCACUUGGAUGGAUUUCCACUACCAAAUAACGACCGUCUCAUGAUUGGACAAUAUGUCACAAUGUUUGGUGAUGUUAUAAGCCAUGUCAACAUAUCUGCAGUGAAGUCAGAAGACGGUGGCGAAUACGAGUGCAAAGCAAUUUCGCGAGCAGGCGAAGCAUCACAUUCGGCGCGCUUAAACAUCUACGGUAUGCCAUAUGUGCGCAUGAUGCCGAAACUAUCUGCAGUGGCGGGAAAGACCUUUUUUCUCAAAUGUCCUGUGGCAGGAUAUCCAAUCGACAGCAUCAUCAUAGAGAAAGAUGGCGUCAGAUUGCCAACAAAUAUAUGACAGCGUGUUCAGAACGGCACCCUACUCAUCGAGAAUGUGCAACGUACCGCCGAUCAGGGUACCUAUACUUGCAUCGCCCGCAACAAGCACAACUAUACGGCGCAACGGACGGUGGAGGUGAAAGUUUUGGUUCCACCCAAGAUUACACCAUUCUCAUUCGCACGCGAUCUGAAUGUCGGCGACCGCACGAGCAUACAAUGUGUCAUUGGCACCGGUGACCUACCGCUCACAUUCACCUGGCUUAAGGACGGACAGCCGCUGCAGCAAAUGGCCGCAUCCAUCACAACCUCAGCAGCAACCGCCUCUGGGCAUAAUCGCCUACUUAUGGGCGGCGUUGGUGUUGGUGUCGGUGUGAAUUAUGUAUUGCGCGAUGGUAGUAGUGCUGGUGGUAGCGUUAGCGGCGGCGGCGGUGUUAGCGGUGGGCAUCAUAGCGGUACCGGUGGCGUUGCUGCAUCAGGUCCAUCAGGUCAUACAAAUCACGACGAUUCAGCCGCCUCAGCGGCUGCGGCAGCAUCAAUGUCAACGAAUGCGGAUGGUAGUAGCGGUGGUGUAGAUGGUGGCGCUGGCCAAGUGACAAUUCGCCAAAAUGAUGAUUUCACCAGCGCCCUCAGCAUCACAAGUGUGACGCGAGCACAGAGCGGCACCUAUACGUGUCGCGUACAAAACGAUGCCGCCACUGUAUCGCACUCUGCACAGCUAAGAGUCAAUGUCCCACCACGUUGGAUACUAAAACCCACCGAUCAAGAUGCCAUACUCGGUAAUCUCGUGGCCAUAACCUGCAAAGCCGAUGGAUUUCCAAUACCCACCGUGCAAUGGAAGCAGUCUAUUGGUGAGUCAGGUGAAUAUCGCGAGCUCAGUUAUGGCAUUGGUAACGGUAACUCGCAAUCCGUUAUCGAAACAUACAACAACGGUUCGCUGAUCAUACCAAAAGUUGGGCGUGAGCAUGAAGGCAGCUAUUUGUGCCAAGCGAGUAAUGGCAUUGGCGCGGGACUGAGUACACUAAUCAAAUUAACUGUGCAUGUUGGUCCUUCUGUAACCGUUUCCAAGAAACAAGUUUCCGUCCGCCGUGGUGACCGUGUCACAUUGCGGUGCGAAGCUGAUGGCGAUCAACCGCUGAAUAUAACAUGGCGCGCCAAGGCAAAUCACAUUGAUCCAUCCUAUGAUAUACGUUACCAUAUCAAAGAUUCACCGUUAAGUCGAGGCACCGUCUCAGAAAUGACGAUACUACAGACCAUACUUAAUGAUCGGGGUGAAUAUACGUGCAUUGCUACCAACAACUACGGACACGAUCGCGCAGUAAUUCACCUGCAAGUGCAGGAGCCACCAAAUUUUCCCGUCAAUUUGCAUGUCACUGAUUUAGGUAGCCGCUCGGUAACGCUGGCUUGGUCGCCAAAUGAUCAAGAUUCGAUUUUCAUGAAUAACGGGGGUAAUAAUCGCGACUCGCAACCGAUAUCGAACUACAUUUUGCAGUAUAAGAAAGCAGGCGAUGUCUGGCAUGAGCAUAAUAACCAAAAAUUGUUGCCCGGCGAUAAAACCACCGCACAAAUUGGGUCACUACGUCCAGCGCAGGCAUACCACUUUCGUCUUUACGCCGAAAAUCAUCUGGGCACCAGCGCCCCAAGCGAUAUAUUGCUCGUGCAAACCGAUGCUGAGGUGCCAAGUGGUCGUCCGCAAGAUGUUUCUGCAGAGCCAUUAGGCCCUCAGCAAUUACUCAUCACUUGGCGUCCACCAGAACGAGACACAUGGAAUGGUGAACUCUUGGGUUAUACAAUCGCAUACCAAAAACACGGUGCGCCAGAUAGCGUACAAAACUUCACUAAAGUUAGCAGCCUAGGCGGUGAAGGUCUUAAUGAUUUUCGUCUCACUGGGUUGGAAAAAUACACACAGUAUGCCAUAUCUGUGUCUGCAUUCAAUGUGAAAGGUGAUGGACCUCCAAGCGAGGUGACCAUGGGUCAUACCUUGGAGGAUGUGCCCUCUGCGCCGCCACAGGGUGUCACUUGCAUUGCGCUGACUGCACAAAAUAUACAGAUUUCCUGGCAGGCGCCACCAAAAGAAUCUAAUCAUGGAAUCAUACAGGGCUACAAACUACUCUACGAACCCGGCAAUAUCGAAUCAGAGUAUGGGACACGUGAAACAAAGAUUACCUCAGCAUUGAGUACGGUGCUACAUGGUCUACAGCCUUUCACAAACUACAGCGUGCAGGUUUUAGCAUUUACACGUGCCGGCGAAGGCGUGCUCAGCCCGACUGUGUCGUGUACCACGGAAGAGGCGGUGCCAGAUGCGCCGGAACGUGUUAAGUCUGUCGUAAGUAGUGAAUCCUCAGUUAUCAUUAGCUGGUUACCACCGCGACGUCCCAAUGGUAUAGUUACCAAGUACAAUGUCUACAUCCGUAUACUGGAUAAGGGGCAAGAGUUGAAAAUUCUCAAAGAAGUGUUGCCCGCAAACAAUCGUCACUUUGAAGCUAAAGACCUAAUGGUGCGCGAAACUUAUGAGGCUUGGGUAACAGCUUCGACACGUGUGGGACAAGGCCCGAGCACACCGGUGAUCAAAUUAAUACCGAGUCCUUCUGUGCCCGCAGCCAUCAUAUCAUUUAGUCAAACGUUAAGUGUCAGUUGGCGAGUUGAUCUCAAAUUAGCAUGCGUCUUCGUUGGUAACCCGAAACCGAAUUCGGAAUGGAAAGUGUUAAAUGCACGUUCCAAGAAACAUUUUCGCUUGGAGGUGAGCAAUGACAAUACGCUGACACUGCGCAACAUACAGCGUACUCACGAAGGGAACUAUUCUUGUGUGGUACGAAAUUCGAUUGGCUCCGAUCACAUUGUCUAUCAGGUAUACGUACAAGUACCACCAUCUGCUCCCGUGCUUUCCGUCAUCGGCAGUACCACUAACUCCGUGUCGCUGCAGUGGCGAGUGGACGACAUUGGCGGCGCACCACUGCGUGGAUUUUCUAUGACCUUCCGUAAGGAAUUCGGCGACUGGGAAGAAAUUCAACUGGAUCGACGUGUUAACUCUCAUUUAAUAGAGAAUUUGGAUUGCGGCACGCGAUACCAGUUCAAUAUGGUGACUUUCAAUAAAAUUGGAACAAGUGAAACAAGCGCAAUCGAAACAGCCAAAACGAAAGGCAAUAAACCGAUUGCGCCACAUAAGCAAAGCCUGAUACGCUCGAAUAUCACUUCCGCUUUGUUGGAGCUAUCCUCAUGGCAAGAUGGUGGCUGUCCAAUACAAUACUUCAGCAUUGAGUUCAGACGCUAUGGUAUUUCAAGUGACUGGAUCAUCGUCUCUAGCCGUAUAGAGACACACACUCGCUUUACAAUUGGUGAUUUGGAGCCUGGAACUGCAUACAAUUUGCGCGUGGCGGCACACAAUAAUGCUGGAUCCACAAUUAAGGAGUACUACUUUGAGACAUUGCAUUUCAACGGACUUUCAGCUGAAUUGGACCACGGCGACUUACCCGAAGUGCGGACACUCUUUCGCGAUGUACAUCUCAUAGCGGUGAUUAUCACAUCGGUGUUUGGUACGAUCUUGGCAAUAAUCGGCGCUUGCAUUUGCUUCAAGAACUAUCCACGUCAACUAUUUGCACGGAAUGUCGACUCGAUGCGGCCGCAUGGUGCUGAUGGCAAGGAUGUACAACAUCGUGAACAAUACUACGGUACGGUACGCAAAUCAUGCCAGCAAUCACCACGUGAAUCGGUUGCUGGGCUUGAACGCAUACCUGAAUACUCUGAAGAUAUCUAUCCUUACGCUACAUUCCAUUUACCAGAACAUGAAAAUCAAUCGGCUAACAUACCACUCAGCCGCAAGGGAGGCCUGCCGGCAAUGUAUGAUCCGCGUGGCGGUAGUGUUGCAGACGACAAUACCCUCUCCAGCACGGGUGCCAAGGUGAAGCGUUCGGUAUCGGCAGGCAUUGGCAGCAGCGCUUCAAAUGCGAAUUUAGGCGGUGGACAGGGCCCGGCGUCGGGCGAAUGUAGUCAUACGAAUACUGAAAAACGGCAUAAACGACGCUCGAAAGCAAUCAAAUCGGAGUCGGAGGAAUACGAUAGCUUAAAUAGCGAUAGCGAUUUGAGUGGUGAACGUAUGCGUGAACGUGAAGAAAGUCGUAGUGGACGCGAGUCCUCAUCACAUCUAGACGAUAGCGGCUAUAAUCCGCACGGUCAUAGUCCUUGCAGUGGUGGUAAUUCCGGAAGCAACAAGGAGCGUCUUUCAGUAUUCAGUAGGCCUCAACUUCAUAGUAACAGCAUGGACCCCGUGCCCUUCGACUACAGGCUCUUUGACCCGCCACCAAAACAACCGAAACCAACAAUUGCCUGUGGUGCACAAUCACAAUCGCAUCACCAUCACCAGCGACAAACAUCAUCCACAUCAACAUCCACAUCAGCAUCCACAUCCACAUCUGCCCAAAAUUCAACCAACCAUACAAAUAUGCCCAGCGGUCUAUCCGGUGGCAAAGUACGAUCAAAAGCUACCGAUACUAAUUCCAACAGCGGCAGUAACCUCCUCCUCGCCGGCGAGUUCCAAUGUACAACUAACAGCAUCCCCGCCCCGCAUAUUGUCCAGUCGGGUUCAUAUGUCGAAAUUCUGAAGCAUGCCGCACCACAACCCCCCCACAAUCAACCAAACAACCAACAAACAGCCAUGCAAGCGCCAAACGCAAAACGCCCAAGCGGCGUUGGCGCUGGCCUUGGCACAAAUAACGGUAGUAAUAAUGUUGUCAGCGGUGCAGCAUUGGCUUGUCACAACAAGAGCUAUGGUGACUUUCUAACAAUUACACCACGCCGUAAAGGAAAACUGCUUUCAUCCGGCUAUGGUGAUAAACACGGUGGCGCUGGUAGUGGUGCUGGUGCCUUGGAUGGCAGCAACCAAGACAAUUAUCGCCAUCAUUUGCCCACCAGCAUCGAACCAUUACAUCUGCUCGGCAUACCCAAUGACAAUAUGUCUACAUUCUUUGACUAUCGCGCCAUGGAGACGCUCAGCAAUAGCGAUACGCUCGCAAUUGGCAGCAGUCUCUCAGGGCAUGCACACAACAAUAGAGGCAACAAAGCAUACGACACGAGCACCACUUGUUUGAAUGCAAACAAUUAUGGUGAGUCCCCACAGAGCAAUAGCAAUUCAGGCAUACCUGAUGAAUUCCAUAAUAUAAUUAGCGAGAAGAAUCUGAGUCCACCUUCGGCCUUCAGCGACAACAACAGCUGUCUGCCAAAGGGUAAGGUCUAAAGUUUAAAGUCUGGUAGCAGCACAUCAAGGAAGAUCAUAUCAAAAUUGUGGAAUUUACGUCAUAAUUAACCUAAAAGAACUGAAGAAUUCUGCAUAUCAAGAACGCGAAUCUCGGUUAUACUAGAAUUACUUCAUACAUAUGUAUUUAUCAGAAAACGAAAUAGCAAGAAAACAUAAAAAAGAAAAUUAUUAUUGGUUUAGGGGUAACAAACGAGCGAAACGAAGAUGCAACCAAAGACUUUACUGCAGCAUUUAAUCACAAGCGACAAAUAUAAGGUAAAAACACAUUUAAUAUUAAGGGAGUGGCGUGUUCUUAAGUUCACCGAAAUUAACAAAAAGCAAAUCUGCCAAGAAUUAUCGCUUUUGUAUAUUGCAAAAGCCACAAGCCACAAGGCUCUACACAUCUCCAAAAAAACAUACGUUUAGAUAUGUGUUACGUUUGUAUGUAUUAUAUGCUAAUCUAUGUAAAUUUAUUAAAUUGUAGUACUUCUGAUGAAUGGUGCAUAGUUAAAUGAAUUAGAGGUAGAACUUUCAAUUCGUUCGCAGCUGAGUGCUUGAAACCGUUAACUUGAACAGAUAAAUUAGUGAUAGUUCGAAUUAUUUAUGCAGGUAAUCGAAAGCGCUAACGAUCAGAUAUAUUUUAGAGCCGUAUCCACGUAUGUUGUUAUAGCACAACGUAUGCUAGGAAUAUAAUAAUAUUUAUUAGCAUGUUAUGUCCAAAAGAGGCCGUUUAAUCUAAUUUUCUACUACUUUUUAAACUGAUUGAAAGUUGGGUUUCCAAGCAUUGAAGGUUUUGGUCCGCAAUUUUGCUUCCUAAAUAAACCGAAAUUAUAUUCAACUUUGAGGCUACCGAGGCGCUAGAGACAGAAAAGGUCCAGAUUAAUUUCAUUACCAUCUCUUGUAUCUUUAAACCUAUACUCCCCUCGGUUUUAUCUCGGUGUGAUGUUAAUAAAUUGGAGCAAUAUUUCCUUCAUAAUAAUAUGCUAUUGACAACAAAAUAUAAGACUCUUUGUUCAUGAAAGUCACCCUUGUUAAGAGCAUUGAGGCUUCGGGCAUAUUUCUUCUUAUUUCGAUAAUGUACUGUAAACGAAUUAAGAAAAGUUUUUGUGGCAAAUCCAAGAAAUUUUAUGUGGUAUAGUAUGUCUUAGAUUAGUUACAACGUUAUCAAUUCAGAAUUGGAGUAUUCCGAUCGCAAGCUGCAUGUAGCUUGAUAUAUGUACUUUCUUGAAUUGCACGCUGAUCCUAAAAAGUAGGUCACGUCACUUCGGAGUCUAUUAGGUCCUUGGUUAGAGCAUUAAACAAGUGACAGACCUUUUUCCUAAAAAAUACCGAGGUAUUUUAAGGGUAGUUGCCCUGUGAUGACCUCUACAAUUUUACUAAGUUGCAUUUUGCCUAGAAGUGAAAUAUUUCUGGUCUGUCCACCCCAAAGUCACUUUGUUGUUGUUUGUGUUCCAAGACCUAAGGUGUUCCUCUAGGGUCCAGUGCUUUAAACAACCCUUUAAGAAGCUGAAUGAUCUUACUGAGAGUCUAGUUAUUGACUGCUUGCAUAACCUAAAGCAGUGAAACUUAGUAUUGGCGCUACGGAUAGCCUUAAUUGCUAUUUGGCUAUCCACUAGAAUGUUUAUGAACUUGCUGCUUAGAGCGGAAGCCCACUUAUCACCUCCUGUUACGCAUUUCGGGGUGAAAGACUAAAUUGUGGUCAUUUAGCUUGAAGAUACUUUCUAUGUUUGGAUUACUACAGAUGAAGUCCGCUCGUGUUCGUUGUGUUUUCUCAUGGAUCUCCUUUUCUCGGUCGCAUUGCCAAUUGAGGCCGAGUUUUUUUUUUAUCAAGGUCGAGUAUGAUAUCUUGCCCGUAUUGAUGCCGAGUCUGGCUCCAAUGGCCUAACAUUAUAAGCUAGCUGGCCGAAAGUAUUGUCCUGUCUUACUAUAAAAAUAUUUUAAAUAUUGCUUUUGUUACAGAAGUGAUUAGUUAUUUUGGCGAAUAGUUAAAUAUACUAGCUUGAUUUAACAACGAUUGAAAAAUAGAACAUUGUAUGAUUAUUUAAAUUCCUUGUAUGAUUUCUGAAAUAAAAAGUUUAGCUGGUUUAUUUGAAAUUUGUUUUCUAAAAUUAAUAACAAAUUAAUUAUUUACCAAUUGAUUACGUUUUUAGUUAAUUCAUGGAAUUUACUUAAAUUUUAACAACUCGUGGUGAGGAACGAUUAAAAAUAAAAACAGAAUUGUGUAGAAGAGAUCAAAGGACACUGCAUUAGAUUAGUUGAUUAUUAUAUAUACAUAUUUAUAAGCCUAAGCAACACACUGUUAAUUAGUUAAAUCUAUAAAUGAAGUAUUUAAUUAUCAUAAAUAUAAACGAACCAAAAAUUCUUUUUUUUUAAUAUUGUGUACAUAUAUACUAUAACGAAAUCAAGUAUUUAAAAGCAUUUAACUAUAUGCAUUUAAAACUCAAAUAACAAACCAAAAAAAAACAAAUAUCAAUAUUACAAACUGAACAUACUGACAAGUUACAUAGUUAUCUUACCGAGUGUAUGUGUGUACAUAUAAAAAAAUAAACGUUAUAACCGUUCAUUGUAGUUAAUAAGGUAAAGAAGUCAAUAAAUUAUAAACAAAUAUUAUUAAUAUUUAUAACGGUGCAAACCCCUGCAAGGCAAGAGACAGCAAAAUUAGACAGUUUGGUGGCAGCAAAAACCGGCAAUUUGCGAUUAACCCUCGAUAUCAAUUUUAAAACGUCAAUUUUUUUACGAAAUUUACAAACCUUUGAACUAACUAUGUAUUUAAGCAGAAAUUAAACAUUUAGGCGACACAAAUUUUGGAAAAACAAAAAUAAAAGAUUUUAAAGAACUUAUUACAACGCGCAUACAAUGUAUUUGCGUGAAAUUAUAAGUUUGAAAAAAAUAUUAAGAAAAUGUUAACAUUAAACGAAGAUUAUAAAUAUAAUAAAAGAAAAUCAGCAAGCAGAAAAAACAAGAAAUAAAUUUAAUAAGAACACAAAACCGUAAAUUACAAAAAUUAAUUGAAUAAAAUAAAUUUAAUGAAAUUGUGCGUCAUUUGUAUUUCCAAAAAUAUUUAGAUUUAUAUAAAAUUAACCAAAAAUCAUAUGACAUAUACAUAUACACACACACACACAUACAAUUUAGCACUAAAAACUACGAUUGUGAAACAAAAAAGAAACAUUUUUACCAAUUACAUAAGGUAUCUUUUGAUGGAAGCUCAAUUAUUUUGGCAUUUGUUCGUCGUGUGUAUUUCCGAAAACUAAAACAGUAAGCAUUUCUAGACCAUAAGUCCAACAUGCCACAAAAACCAACAAGCUGUAACAAUAAAUAUAAAAUAAAAGCUCAUAGUUGUAGUAUCUAAUACAUGAACUAAUUGAAAUUUCAAAAAAAAAACAAUAAUGAUAAGAAUUCAAUAAAGAUUGAUAAAGUUCCGGUUUGGAUACUUUUAAAAGUAAUUAAUCCUAA